AUGUCCAAAGCAACUCUGGCUGUUAUCGCUGCCGCCAGUGCAGCCACUGGAGCUGGUGUCACUGCGCUGCUCUUCUCCGGCAAACCCUCGAAGCCCCAACAAGAGACUCUCUCCCCGACACCCACAACCCAAGGCCCCAGGGUGCCGGUGCCUUCAACCAUCCCAAGCCCAACCCUAGCAUCCAAGCUAGCCACCGGACCCGUCGACGCAGCAGGAAUCCUCCAAUAUGGCUUCCCGGGUCCAAUCGCCGACGAACUCUCCUCGCUCCCAUUGCACGGCGCCUACGACCGACGCACACGCAAUCCAUCCUGGGUUGCAGAACACAUCACACCAGAAUCCCUGCGCAUGAACGAUGCCGACCGAAAGAAGAGCACUUUCUUCGAGGACACGACCAUCCCGGCCAUGUUCCGCGCCAAACUGUCCGACUAUUUCCGCUCAGGCUAUGACCGCGGACACCAGGUGCCAGCCGCAGACGCGAAGUGGUCGCAGGAUGCGAUGGACGGUACAUUCGCAUUGAGCAAUAUGUGUCCGCAGGUCGGCGAGGGUUUCAACCGCGACUACUGGGCGCACUUUGAGAAUUUCUGCCGUGAUCUCGCUAAGCGGUAUCCCUCCGUUCGCAUCGUUACCGGCCCCUUGUACCUGCCUCACCGUGACCCGGAUGGAAAGUGGCGCGUUAACUACGAGGUUAUUGGUAACCCGCCUAACGUCGCUGUGCCCACGCACUUCUACAAGGUUAUCUAUGCCGAAGAUGGCACCAACUCGCCCACGAGCAAGGUUGCGCUCGGUGCUUUUGUUCUGCCCAAUGCUCGCAUUGCGAAUGAUAAGCGUCUGACUGACUUCGAGGUUCCUCUCGAGGCUGUUGAGCGUGCUUCCGGUUUGGAAUUCGGCUCUAAGUUGGACCUCAGUCGUCGUCGUCGCUUGUGUCAGGAGGUGUCUUGCUCGAUCACUGUGCGUGAGUUCAACAAUGCCAAUAAGCGUUCUUAA